AUGAGCGAUUCGAUCUUCUUAUUUCAUCGGGAAUUUGAACCGUCACUUCGUGAAAACAUCAUAACGGAGCGGAGCUUCAUUCAAGAUACGAUGCGAUGUCGGACCUUGCAUUUUGGAACUGACGCGAUGAAGCUGGAAUCAGUACUGGUACCUCCUGCCACGACGUCAGACCGUGGCUAUAACGGGAAUACCAGAUGGUAUCAUUCCGAUUUCUCCCCUCGAGCAUAUAUAAAGCACCUCGGUGUAGGCCGGGAGGAAAGAAGGAGGAUGGCAGCCCAAGCGUACUUCGUUAGCCUGUUGCUACUCGUCUGCUUGCAGUGGUCAUCGGUGGAUGGCCAGUGCGGCGGAGACUUCACAGCACCUUCGGGAAACUUCUCAUCACCCAAUUAUCCUGAUAAUUACGACGACAACUCCUUCUGUGUAUAUGAAAUCGACGUGGGAGAAGGUAACGGGAUCGAGUUGACGUUCCUCGAUUUCGAACUCGAGAGUGGGUGGGAUUACGUCACCAUCACCGAUCUCGGUACGGGCGAAUCCGAGUCCCAUACUGGACUGUUGGGAUCUCUCGGCCCGUUAACGUUCCUAUACCAUAACAUUCAGGUCACGUUCGAAUCUGAUAGCUCCUUCACAUAUAGAGGAUUCUAUGCGGAGUACGAGUCCUUCUUGCAGCCGUGCGACGUAAGUGCCGGCUGGGAACCGCACGACGGACAGUGCUACGCCUACUUCAACGAGCCGAAAUCUGCACCCGAUGCUCAGCUCGACUGCGAGGCGAUCGGCGGGAACCUCGCCAGCAUUCACGGCGGCGAUGAAAAUUCACAUAUCGCAAGUCUGGCCCAAACUGCUCCGCUGUGGAUCGGCCUUCAGAGACAAGGCUCCGAUUGGGAAUGGUUGGACGGAAGCCCCUUCGACUACGACAACUUCAACCAAAAUCCCCCCUUCGAUGACGAUUAUGCGGUCAUGUGGAAGGAUCAAUGGGGCAACGACGAUUGUCGCCUAUUCAAGUCCUUCGUCUGCCGUCUUCGGGCGGACGAAUGCCCGGAUUCGACUUGGAUCCAGGAGGGUUCCGAUUGCUACCUCGUCGUGAACGACGUCCGCGUGUUCGAUUCCGCCGUUAAUUACUGCGAGAACACGAGCCCUCCUUCGGCGCUUCUGACGGUGCCCGAAGACGUGGAUUACACUGACGUCGUCGCUUCCGUCUUAAACGGACAGGAGCUGAACGAGGAAGUGAAUAUUUGGAUCGGGAUCGAGAAGCAAGGAUCGACCUGGGGCUGGGUCGACGACACCACGUCCGAAUUGAACAACUGGGCCCCGGGUUACCCUCUCGAGGAUGCGGGAAAGGACUGCGGCACCAUCAUCAUCAGUACCUGGCACGAUUCCCCAGGAGAUAAUACCUUCUCCUUUGUUUGCAAGGAAGACCUUUCACGGCGUCUUAAAUAAAAUUGAAACGGGA